AGGAAGAAGAAGCAGAAGAAAUAAUGGCUGCCUCCAUCCAACGCUUAACUAAGACGUUGUACAGUCUAUCACCUUCACUUCUUCGUCCAUUACGACAGUAUCAGUCCUGCGUACAGAGGCUGCCUGUGAGACCAUGGCCCUCUGCAUUCAUACCUCCACGCCAGUCUUUCUGUAAAGCAGCCUCGCUGCAGGAUGAGGACGCCGCUCAGGCUGCUGAGGCUGCUGAGGCUGCUGAGGCUGCUGAGGCUGUCUCCCGCUACAAGGACAGACCCUGGGAUUACCUGGAGAGUGAAGAGUACAUAGAGAAGUAUGGAACCAACACAGUGUGGGCAGGCUACAGGAGGAACCACAAAGGAGGCAUUCCCCCACAGAAGACACGCAAGACCUGCAUUCGAGGAGACAAGAUAUGUGGAAACCCCUGUCCGAUAUGUCGAGACCCCAACGUUAUUAUCCACCAUCAGAAUGUGAAGCUGCUGCAGCAGUUCAUCAGUCCCCACACCGGGCUGGUGUUUGACCCCACUCGGACCGGUGUGUGUAUGAAGCAGCAGAAGAAGCUGAACAAGGCCAUCGAUGCAGCUCGAGAUCACGGUUUCCUUCCCUUUCAAAUUCCAUUUGUGGAAUUUUCGGGAGAGGACUUCAACAACUCCCAUGAUGCAGUGGGGUCCACGCCACCUGCCUCGUUCUUAACCUCUGGUGACACCUGGUAUAAAUGGUAUGGGGAAGUGACGCCCGAUGAGAGUGAAGUUGCUAAAGUCAAGAAGAAAUACAAAGCUUACUUAAAGUGACGGCGACCCGGCGCUCGUCCCGUCACGUGACCUCACCUCAGUUCUCUCUAACUCUGUUAUUCGUAGGUGUGAGUUUCCACCGUGUUUUCAUGUCCCACAGUUACACACAUAAAAAUUCCAAAAUAAAACCAUGUGAUGAAAAAUGGA